CGGUCACUGUGACAAGUUGGCUACAAAGCCAGGCACUCCUCCUGGGGGCUAAACAGGUAGUGUUUGGAGCCUGAGGAAGGGUGGACACCGGCCCUGCUGGGCGGCUGGCUGUAAUGUGGGCGGCUGGCUGUAAUGUGGGCGGCUGUCCUAUAGGUGGAGGCGGGAGCGCGCAGGACCGUCGGAUGGGAGGAGGCUCUGAGGCUUUGUUGUUAUAGUGAAGAGGCUCAACCGCGGUCAGCGUUUUCCCUCACUGGCCUGGGGUCAGUCACGUUUCUUCUGUGCAGUUUUCACCGGCGCUAAGACAGUUUGCGGGUUUUCUUGUCGAGCGUCCAAAGCAGAGCGGAGAGGACGCGGUGAAGGAAACCGUCCACAGAGGUGUAAGAUCCAGUGAUGGUCUACUGUAGAAACCAGAGUAUGUGGCUUCAGCUGCCAUCUCCACCCCUCCUAACAACUCCUUGACACUCUGGAUGAACCACAGACCCAGCGCUUGCCCUCUGACCUUAAAUGUAAUUAAGGUCAGACUCCCUCAUUCCUGCUGUAAUGGACAAUCACAGCCUGCUGUCCCUCACUGUGGCCUUGCUGGGUUUUCUGAGCCCAUGUCUGACAAGGCUGACUCCCAGAGUCUCCUUCCCUAUGGGUAGUCCUGGGAGACAUCUCACCCACUUCAGUAGCCAUGAUGUCAGCAACACCACCACACUGCUGCUCAGUGAGGAUGGAGACAUGCUGUAUGUGGGAGCCCGGGAUGCUGUGUUGGCGCUGGAUGUUAGCCACAAGGACGCCAUCAUACUUAGGAGCAAGCUGGACUGGAGCCCUUCAGAGAAAGACCUUGAACAGUGUUCCAUGAAAGGCAAGAAAAUGGCCGACUGUCCCAAUUUCAUUCGAGUGCUGCAGUUUUUGAACACCACCCACAUCUAUGGCUGUGGAACAUUUGCCUUCAGUCCCCGCUGCACCUACAUUAACUCAGAGACGUUAACAAUGAGCCUCAAGCCUGAUGAAGGAAGAGGUCGCUGCCCCUACGACCCCUACCAACGCAACACUGCUAUCAUCGUAGAUGGGGAACUGUAUACUGGGACAGUGGCAGACUACAGGGGCAACCGGCCUGUCAUCUCCCGGCACCUCAGCGAGGGCAGACGUGUUGACCUGAAGUUGGAUGAUACGUUAGGAUGGCUGGAGGAUCCAACCUUCAUCAGCUCCAGCGUCAUUCCUGAUGAGGAGAAAAUCUACUUCUUCUUCAGCGAAGUGGGCCGGGAGUACGACUUCAUCGACAAAUUCAUCGUGUCUCGCGUUUCUCAGAUCUGCAUGAGUGAUGUCGGAGGCCAGCGGACCCUGCAGCGACGCUGGACCACGUUCGCCAAAGCUCAGCUGUUGUGCCAGGCUGACAACGAGCUGCCCUACAAUGUGAUCCAGGACAUAGACACCCUCCCGCCAGCAGAGGGAGCUCCUGCAGAUGACACACUCUUUUAUGGCAUCUUCACCUCGCAAUGGUCUGUCAACUCUGGACGGUCAGCAGUGUGUUCAUUCCGCCUGACUGACAUCAAAUCAGUUUUCUCUGGCAAUUACAAAGUCCUGAACCGGGACACAUUACAGUGGAGCACACGGGUUCAAGAGAAAGUCGCAAAUCCAGGAGAGUGCGGCCUGCACAAUGCGUCAGACAACGCCCUGCGCUUUGUCAAAGAAAACUUCCUGGCAGACGACAGUGUGCGACCAGUUGGAAGAAGUUUAACCAUGGUGUCUGCAGAGCACAACUACAGCCAUCUGACUGUGCAGAGAGUCCAGGCUGCCAACAACAGAGACUACACUGUCCUGUUUCUGCUUACAGAGUCUGGUUACAUGCACAAAGCAGUGCUGCUGCAGAGUGGGGCCCACAUCAUAGAGGAGGUCCAGGUUUUUGAGCAACCUCAGCCUAUCAAGAGCCUGAAGCUCUCCAUACCCAAGGGUAUGCUAUAUGUCGGCACAUCAGACGGUGUGGUGAGGGUUCCAACAGCCAACUGCUCUUUCUACUGGACCUGUCCUCAGUGUGUUCUGGCCCGAGACCCCUUCUGUGGUUGGGACCCUGCCAGCAGGGCCUGUGUGGCUGCCUCCAACACCCAGACCAGCCUAGGCCAGGACAUAGACCGAGGGAAUGUUGAAGAGGCAUGCAACAGUGUUUCAUUAACACACAGAGCCAGAUUUGGUCCAAACAAACUGCCUGCAGCCUCAUGUCCUGCAGGUGAGCUGGUGUCAGUGUCUCUGAAUGAAGUGGUGCGGCUGCAGUGUCCCGCAGCAUCGCGGCUGUCCCAGCAGCUGUGGGAGCGCCCCAACAGCCGGCUGUCCCCAGACCUGUACCUGCACCUUGAGGAUGGGAGUCUGAGCUUUGUGGCCACCCCCACCACACUGGGCCACUACCUCUGCCUGUCCACUGAGAACGGUUACCAGCAGACCAUGGCCAUCUAUCAGGUCAAACAGAAGAGCAGCCCAGUGGCUCAAACUCCAACAAGUUACACGCGGCCUCCGGCACGCCCCAAACCCACCACGCAGGCUGAGGCAAGGCCUGGAUCUGGACUGCAUACCUCUGUGGGGCCUAAAAGAACAGAAACAAGACAGGGAAAGACUGAGCCAACACUGUCCAGCAGGGACACUCAGGUCACCACCAGACAGCUGGGCAGAAACCUGACCCUGUGGACAGAGGAAUCUGGGCAGAACGAUUCUGGGUUUCGGGAUGGGGAGCCCCUGCUGUCGGCCCGAGCCCCCAGCUACCUGAAGGAGCUGGUGGUUGUGUCAGUUCUGCUGGUGCUCUGCCUCAGUCUGCUAAUCACCAUGCUUCUGUACGUCAUUAGACAACGCUGCCGCAGCCGAACGGCCCCGCAGGCAGGAACUCCAACCAGCGACUCUGACAGAAGGACCCCUGUGGAGCAGGAGGCGCUCAGGGGAAACCAGUUUCUAAGCAAACGCAAUGGACAAGCCCCCCGCAGCGGACAGGCCAGCGGGUUAGUUUGUAACGGGGCACUCACAGGUUCUAAUGGGCAUUUGCCCAACACCCCCAUCUGACAUCUCCCAGACAUUUUGACAGAUGUUACAGAUGGAACCGAAGGUAAAGGGAGUCCAUGGCAGGCACAAGAGUCACCAUGGUGACUGUCAGUCAGCCCAGUAGGGAGGUUCUUUAUGCACAGCCAAUGACAAGAAACACUGUGGACUCUAAGGUUUGGAUCUAAUAUGAUGAAAGGCAAUCUUCCUGUGGUACUUUAAAUGACGACACGCGACUGUUGAGAUGGUACUUUGUUGUUGCCAGGCAAUGAAACACAUCAACUGUGAUUACCUGAAUGUUCUGUGUGUGUGUUUUCACUUACUAGACAGUAGGGAUGGGACAAUUAUUCAAUAAUAUCGCGUAUCGCGAUAAAAAAAAGUCACAGAUAAGUUUAUUGUGGUGAAUUUCCAUAAUUGGAAUAGUUGUCAGUCCAGCAAACACAAAUAUCCUCACAUGGCUAGACUUGAAAAAUGUACCUAGCUCACUGACUUACAGUCUUAUAUUGAUUUCCUGAUUUAUUUUGAAUUGCCACAAGGGGGAGCCCAAAUCUUUCCUGUCAUUCCAAAAUCCCAAGAAUCCCCACAAAUGGAUUCCAAACUAAAGAACGACAUCCUAUCCUUGAUGCAGAAAAUAUUUGUUUCUUAACUAAAUGUAAGGUAAAGUGAUUCCAGUAUGUUCUAGUGCCAUUUGUAAGAUUUUGAUGGUUAUCCUAAGUAUGUAAUGUAUUGCAUUGGGCAGGAUAAUCAUGACAUGAAACUUUGAUAUCGUCCAAUGCCUACUGGACAGAAAGGUACAGGCUGAUUCAGUACAGCUAGUUUUUUUAUAUAUUUUGACAGAAUAGUCAGUAUUUGACAGUAUUCGAUGCAAAGCCAGUGACCUCCACAGUUCUGCAUCUAUUCUCUAAGGGAUAAAUACAUUCACAAGGGUUCAUCUAAAAUAGACAUCAACAGAAAUGUUAGAUUUUAAAAUGUCCUCCCUUGUUUGCGAAACUUAGAAUAAUAAAUUCUGCAUACAGGCAGAUAUCUGAUGUGACUGUGCAGCUUCUAUUAAAUGUGUUUGUAUUCUGCAAAUUUGUUGUGCCAAACACAUUUUGGAAGAAACAUAAUUAAUGCCCAGAUCAGGUGUGUUACUCCUGUGACAGACGUAGGUGGCUGGGGUGGAUGAUGGUUUACCAAUGCAUCUGCAGAAACAGGCCACAGAGGUCAGGCCGGUACGCUUGUUUAUCAUUGUUUGUGAGAUUUAUUACACACAGGACGUGAGUGUGCCUUGGCUUACAGUUAGGUGCCAGUUAUGCUUAAGGUGCAGCUGUCGGCAGUGGUGUACUGGACAUUGGGCCUCUGAGGACAAAUCCCAUUGGGCUGUCAAACAAUCCAUAAUGUUUUUACCAGCUGUCUGGCCCGGUGUGUCUUUUUACCCACCCUCUCUGUGUGCACUGUCGACCCGUGCUUAUGCCCCCUCCCAAAUGUGUUUCUCGAUUCCUCUCUCCUCACAUCUUUUCCCUGCAGUUAAGAUGCAAGUGAGGGAAACGAGAGCUCUAAGACAAUGAGAAGAACCCAUGGUUUCUGUCAUCUGGGUCGGGGAUUAAAGGAACCUGGUUCCCCCAGCUAGUUUUCUCCUGGAGAACACCGAUUUGUUGCCGAUGUGUACAUGUCACUGGGUUUCUGAUCUGCUAUUUUACUCACUGCAUGUCCCAGUAACCAGCUGACUAUUUGUAAAAUCCAGCCAUAUUUUCUCUAAGCGAGAACUGUGCUCUUACUACAGAGCCAGUCAGCCCCCCACACAGGCAUUGUAUCACAGCUACAGUUUCCUAAAUAAUGUUGGGGGGGGUAGGGCUGAAAUCUGAUUACUGACCUGCUGUAUGUAUACAUAGAAAUUACGGUUAUAAUUCUGUGCAUUGGCAAGAAUCUGGCGAUGCAAUACAUAUCAGAGUACAGGGGUUACGAUCACUGUAAGCAAGGUGAUAUAUUGUGAUUUCACAUCACAGUCCUCAGUUUACAUUUACAGCACUGCUGUCCAACAGUUGGAGGUUUAAACACAGAAAUCACUACGAUGGUUUUGAGAAUCGAUACAAUAUCACAGUAUCAUAUUUUUCUAUAUUUUCUUCCACCCCUGUAGGUUACAGUGCAACGUGGUGUCUGAUUUCCUGCUUCCUGAUUACUUUGAGUAUGCUGCUUUCUUGUGAGUAUGUAAAUGUUCUGACAGUGUUUGAUUGUGUUCAUACAAUCAAACACCAAUUUGAGACAUUGUUUUUCUACAAAUCUCUUUUAGUGUAAAAUGUAUGUUACAGGAGCUUUCAGGUGCACUAAGCUCCAUCUGUUCUUGGUCUAUAACAGCGUCUACAGACACUUGGCUGCUGGUUUUGUACUUUAUGUUACCCAUAUGUAUAGACCUUGCAAGCAAGCAGUGAAUGAAACUGGGUUUGUGGUUUGGAAAAUAAUUUUUGCAUUUCAUCUGAGCGUGUUGUUGUAAUUCAACACCUGCUGAGAAGUCUUAACAGAUUCAGGAAGGUUCAUAAUUAACUGGAGGAGGUCUAAGAAAGCUCGUCUGUGGUAUCAGGACCAAAUGUACAUCGCUGCUGGAAUGUUUUCAAAUGAGCUUGUCAUGCUGACCCCAAAAAAUGCUUGCCUUUGUAAAACCUUCAGCACAAUCAUCAGUUUUUUGUAUUGUAUUCGACUUGCUGACAACAUUUUCAAUGUGUUUUGGGUACUGUAUUUAACUACAUCACUAUGCCAUUUGGGGUGCACAUCAAAAUGAUGGCCAUCCACCCCAAUGAGAAUUCAGAAGACCAGCUCCCUUUUUUUGAUGUUUUGAAAAUCUAGAAAGAAUAAAAGUCAUCUGUCAACAGUU